CAAGCUUCGCCAACCGCGACGUUUGUUCCUCUUCUUGAUGUGGCCAGCCUUCCUCCCUUCAAUCCAAAGGAAGAUCCGAACACCCUUGCAGUUCGCUGGAAGUUGUGGAAACGCUCGUUUAAUCUGUAUUUCGUGGCAAAAGGGAUUACGAAAGAUGAACAGAAAACCGCAUUGCUGUUGCAUACUGGAGGGCUGAAUUUUCAGGAGCUUUCCUACACGUUAUUGACCGGUACGGAUAAAAAGCCGUUCGCUGAGAGUAUGGAGUUGUUGGAUAACUAUUUUGCACCGCAGUUGAACGUCCCAUACGAAAGGCAUCAGUUUAGGCAAAUGGAGCAAUCGUCAGGAGAGUCGGUGCAUCAAUUUGUUUGUCGGUUGAGGCAGAAAGCGAUCUUCUGCGAGUUUGAAAAUGUUGAUGAGGGAAUAAGGGAUUAGCUUAUUGAGAGAUGGAGGGAUCCCAGACUUCGCCGUAAGUUCCUCGAGAAAACAAAUGCGACUCUGAAGGAUUUACAAGUUUUGGCUCGUGUGCAGGAAGCAGUGAACAUGCAGGUCAAGGCUAUGGAUCAGUCAUCCGGUCAGGUGAAUGCUGUUUCCGGCAAACCUCACAGCAAAGGAAAAGGAAAAGGGACAGCGCAGGGUAGAAACAGAGGAAAUAAGCCUGGUAAACCGUCUGGUCGUUCUCAGGAGACAAAAGUGAAAGGCUGUUUUCGCUGUAAUUACACUGACCAUAUGGCACAUGACCCGAAUUGUCCUGCCCGUAGCAAGAAAUGUAAUGCAUGCGGCGAGAUUGGACAUUUUGCGGUCUUUUGCAAAACAAAGGAACGCAAACCUCUUACAAGAGAUGACGAGGGAAGGAAUAAUACACGGGGUAGAGCCUAUCAACUAUCAGAGGAAUCAGCCACUGGCCAACAUGAUUAUUAUGCAUUUACAGUUGGAGUCGGUCAGCCUACAAGUGGUAGUGAAGUUGAUUUGAAGGUUGGAGGAGUGACGUUACUAGCGGUACUUAUUGAUUCUGGAGCGUCGUGCAAUGUGAUUGACCAAGCAACCUGGGAAGUUUUGAAGAAGACUAUCCAGUGUGAGUCCAAGAAAUCAAGCAAAAAGUUGUUUGCUUAUGGACAGAAAGAUCCUAUUGAGGUGAUUGGGACAUUUGUGUCUGAGAUUGUGUGCGAGAUCAGUGGCAACAGUUGUCCAGGAAGGUCCAGGAAGAUCUCUACUCGGAAAGAACACUGCAGAGAAGUUGGGCGUGUUAAGGGUCGGUCCAGAUGUGUGUUCAUUAACUGUUGA